AUGUCAGAAACUGAGACAGAAAUUAGUACCCAAGAACGAUUCUUAAAGAAGCUUAUGGAAUUGGCGAAAGGAAAGGACAAUCAUUAUAAUAUCAUUACAAAAGAUGCAUAUAAUUUACUUCUAAAAGAGGUCGAGGAUGCGAUAUUAGCAACUAAAAAAACAUCUAUUCAGUAUAGAUGGAUGAAACGGUUUAAUGUUAUAGAAUUUGGCGGACAUGGAGGAAGAGAUCAUCUGAAGGUUGAAACUUCAAGAAAGUACGCCAACAUCACUACUGACAUGAUAAAUAUUUUUUUGUUCCUCUGUGAAACGUGCCAAAAAAAGAAAAAGCUAGGAAAGAAAGGACUCGUUUCGAAAACAACUUUGCACACUGAAUUUAAUAGUAGAUGUCAAAUAGAUUUAAUAGAUAUGCAGUCGCAACCCGAUGCACAGUUUAGGUUUAUACUUAACUAUCAGGAUCAUCUGACAAAAUUCAUAUUUUUUUUAAUCUUUGGUGCUCCGGUUCUUCUGCAUUCAGAUAAUGGAAAAGAAUUUGUUAACAAUGUGAUUUUAGAGCUGACAGCGCUAUGGCCAGAGUUAAAAAUUGUGCACGGAAAGCCUAGGCAUUCACAAAGCCAAGGCUCCAUAGAGCGUGCUAACCAAGACAUAAAGCGAAUGCUCGCUUCCUGGAUGACAGACAAUAAAUCAACUAAUUGGUCUAUCGGAUUAAAGUUCGUCCAAUUUAUGAAAAAUAGAGCACACCACGCCGGGAUAAAUAUGACGCCUUAUAAAGCAAUGUUUGGGGUUGAUCCAAGAGUGGGACUUGUAACCUCUAACCUGUCCAAUGAAUUGAUUACUACUAUAAACGUCGAGGAUGAAUUUAAACGUCUCAUAAGUACUGAAACUACAAGUGAAAAUAUGAUUAGACAAAAAGCUGCAGUUUCAGAUACCAUAGAUGCAAUUAGAAAAAAAGCUCAUGCAAAUUUGAAAAAACAGGCAACUCGAAUGAUGACUCGAACCGAAAACAAAUUUCCUGUGGUUGAAGUUGGUGUCAACGUAGUAAUCCGCAUUCCAGAUGUUGACAAAGGCAAAACCGAUCAUCCAAAUCUUAUCGGAAUAGUGUUGGAAAAAACAGAGUACGAUCUAUAUAGAAUCGGAUGUAAGGAUGGAAUUCUAGAAAAACUUUAUUGUAGGUCUGAAUUUAUAACAUGUAAAGAAAAAUUCAUCACAUAUAAUCAAGUUCCAAAAAAUCAUAUUUCCCUCCGUGCAGCUGCAACAAAAGCAUCAACGGGGUCAGGGAAAGGAUUUGUAAAAUGCACAUGUAAAACAUCCUGCAGAACAAAUCGUUGUUUAUGUAAAAAAAAUAAAAUUCUAUGUAACUCUAAAUGCCACGAUAGUUUGUCAUGUCAAAAUAAAUAA